AUUCUUCAAGGGAACAUAACAUCUGUCACUCUUCUUCACUUUCUCCUCUGUCUCGGUUCAAUGAUGGCGAACUUUUCUCGCAAGAUGAAGCUCUCCUCGGCCCUGCUGAGGCGGUGGAAGUUACAGCAAGGAGUGACCGAUGCGAGUCGGAGCACUUACAGAAGUUUCACGACGGUGGAAGGCCACCGCCCCACCAUCGUCCACAAACGCAGCCUCGACAUUCUUCAUGAUCCGUGGUUCAAUAAGGGAACUGCCUUCUCAGAGACAGAACGAGACCGUCUUCAUCUACGAGGGCUUCUGCCUCCAAAUGUCAUGUCUUUUGAACAGCAAACUGAACGUUUCAUGGCUGACCUGAAGAGACUUCAAGUCCAAGCCAGAGAUGGUCCAUCUGAUCCAAAUGCCUUGGCCAAGUGGCGCAUACUCAACCGCUUACAUGACAGGAAUGAGACAUUGUAUUAUAAGGUUUUAAUUGAAAACAUUGAGGAAUAUGCACCUAUUGUUUAUACUCCUACAGUUGGUCUUGUUUGCCAAAAGUACAGUGGGUUGUUCCGACGUCCAAGGGGCAUGUAUUUCAGUGCUGCAGAUCGUGGGGAAAUGAUGUCAAUGGUUUAUAAUUGGCCAGCUGAGCAGGUUGAUAUGAUUGUUGUAACUGAUGGAAGUAGAAUAUUGGGGCUUGGAGAUCUUGGAGUUCAGGGUAUUGGUAUUGCAAUUGGAAAGCUGGAUCUCUAUGUGGCAGCAGCUGGGAUUAACCCUCAGAGAGUCUUGCCUGUGAUGAUAGAUGUUGGAACUGACAAUGAGAAUCUUCUGAAGGAUCCCUUAUAUCUGGGAUUGCAAGAGCACCGUCUAGAUGGAGAGCAAUAUCUUGAAGUAAUUGAUGAGUUUAUGGAGGCUGUAUUUACUCGUUGGCCAAAUGUUAUUGUACAGUUUGAAGAUUUCCAAAGCAAGUGGGCCUUUAAGCUACUACAACGAUAUAGGAACAACUACAGAAUGUUUAAUGAUGAUGUGCAGGGAACAGCUGGAGUUGCACUUGCUGGGCUUUUAGGAGCUGUAAGAGCACAGGGUAGGGCCAUGAUUGAUUUUCCAAAAAUGAGGAUUGUGGUUGCUGGUGCUGGAAGUGCAGGAAUAGGUGUUCUUAAUGCUGCUAGGAAAACUAUGGCAAGAAUGUUAGGAAAUAAUGAAGUUGCAUUUGAAAGUGCAAGGAGCCAGUUUUGGGUAGUUGAUGCCAAUGGAUUGAUAACUGAGGCACGGGAAAAUGUUGAUGAAGAUGCUCGGCCAUUUGCAAGGAAUAUGAAAGAAAUUCAACGUCAAGGAUUGAGGGAAGGUGCAAGUCUUGCGGAAGUGGUUCGCCAAGUGAAGCCUGAUGUACUCCUUGGUUUAUCUGCUGUUGGAGGCUUGUUCUCACAUGAGGUACUGGAGGCACUUAAGGAGUCUACUUCUACUAGACCAGCAAUCUUUCCAAUGUCAAACCCUACCAAAAAUGCUGAAUGCACACCUGAGGAGGCAUUUUCCCUUGUUGGUGACAACAUUAUAUUUGCAAGUGGAAGCCCAUUUAACGAUGUGGAUCUUGGGAAUGGACAUAUUGGCCACUGUAACCAGGCAAAUAACAUGUUCCUCUUCCCUGGGAUUGGACUUGGGACUCUUCUAUCUGGAUCUAGGAUCGUCUCAGAUGGCAUGCUGCAGGCAGCAGCUGAACGCCUAGCUGCAUAUAUGACCGAGGAGGAGGUGCAUAAAGGCAUUAUAUACCCUUCAAUAUCAAGAAUACGUGAUAUUACUAAGGAGGUAGCUGCAGCUGUGAUUAAGGAAGCAUCAAUUGAAGGCGUUGCUGAAGGUUACCGGGGAAUGGAUAGCCGAGACUUAAAACAACUUGACCAGGAACAAAUUCUGGAAUUUGUGAAGCACAAUAUGUGGUCCCCAGACUACCCAAAACUGAUUUACAAGAAAGAUUGAUCAUCAUUUGUCAAAAUACAGCUUCACUGGUCACGUCAAAGGUCAUGUAAAGUUUGUGAUGGGUUCAGGUGCGUUCUUGUUAACGACUAGAAUAAUGUUGGUUGGUAGAUUGAUAUCCAGUUAUAGAAUGUCAUGCUAGCAUAUCCAGUUAUAGAAUGUCAUGCUAGCAUAUCACUGUCGCGUAUUGCUAUGAUUGAGUCUAAAUUAUCAGACUCUGUUUCCUCUCCUGUAAUUUUAUGCAUUCAGUAAUAAACUGCAAUAUAGAAACUAUGUUGAGUGUUAACAUUUAUUUUUGUAUACAUUUGAAAGUGAACUUGACUUCUGUAACCCAAUACUACUGCACUACAAAAUCUUGUUAUAGAGUAUGUUGAUAAAAUGCUGAAAAUGAUGUUAUACUAUAA